GAACUGACAGACGCAGCGCCGGGCAGGAGGCGCCCCCGUGUGGGCACGCCGAGCCCUGCAGGGCCGCGCGCGGGCAUGCGCAUUCACGCCGCACUCUCCCGGAACCUGAGAGCCCGAGAGCGCGCAGGCUGGCACGAACUUGGUGUUGCCGGGAAACCAGCCCCAGCCGGCAGCGGGAGGGGCGGGGCGGGCCGCCGCCCAGUCAACUCCCCCUGUCACAAGAGGAUGAGUGGUAAAAAGCGGGGGGUAAGAUCUCCUGCAGUAUCUCGGAAGGUGACAAAGCCUAGCCCUGGGCCUAAAUCAAGGGCACCUCCUGGGAAGUCAGAUAGUGGUGUUACUCCUUCACAGACCACAGAAGCCUUACCUUCCGUUCCGGACAAACCCACUCCACCCAAAGAGCUUUCUCGGGAAGAUCAAGCAGCAAUCACCAUUCAGUGUGCCUACAGGAAGCAUCUAGCACAGAAGGAAAGAACCCGGCGAAUAAAAGAGAAGGAAGAAUACGCAGCCUUGAUGGACAAGCUACAAAAGGAGGCCUUCCUGGCUAUGGUGAAGCGGGAGCAGGAGCAGGCUCGCAGGGAACGGGAGAAGGAGGAAGAGCAACGGCGAAAGCGGCAGGAGGAGCUGAAGCGGCGGAAGCAGAUGCUGGAAGCUGCGUUUGAGGGAGAUAUAGAGGAAAUGAAGGCUGUACUGAAGGAGGUAGGGGACGUGCUGAGCCGGGAGGGCGUGGGCCACGAUGACCGCGGGAAGGCUGUGAGGCUGAAGAGUCACAUGGCCAUGGUGGAGUGCGCAGACGCCAACGGGAACACGCCGCUGUCCGAGGCUUCAGGGGGGGGCCACCCUGCAGCUAUCAAGUUCCUCAUAGAGAACGGUGCCCACCCCAACUGCAAGGGAGCCUUCGGUCGCACCCCUCUGUACAGAGCUGCCUUUGGUGGCCACCUGGCCGCAGUGGAGAUGCUUCUGCAGCAUGGAUCAGACCCACGGAUCUACGCAGAUGAUGGAAAUACUCCAGAGCAGGUGGCCUCCCUUGAUGCCGUGGUAGAUGUCUUGAGGUCCUGGGACAUUAAUCUCACAGAUGCCAUGCUGAAAAAGAUGGAGGCUGAGCAGCAGCGCCGGGCCCAAGAAGCCCAGAAGCAAAAGGAGGCAGAAACCAAGCGAAUGGCUGCCAAUGUGCAGGAACUACAGAAGGAGCAGGAGCGUUGUCAAAAGGAGCUGCAAAGAGCCUACUGUGACCUUAACAGGAGGAUCACAGAGCAUGACAAAUGUGAAAGGAAGAAGAUGGAUAAAACAGAGAUUACUCUGCAGGCCAUCAAAGAUGCUGAGACUCUGGUGGAUGAGUUGCGGCUAGCAGCAGAGAAGGCAGAAGAGAAGCUGGCACUGGCUCGAUUGGAGCUGAGAGAGCAGACCCAAGAGGAGGAGGGAGAGCUACCCGGGCUGAAGUGUCCAGUGGCCGAACUUCAUGAUGUAUUGCUCAAGGAUGUGGGUGAUCGAAUUCAGGCUGAUGGGCGGUGGCCUCUGGUUAUUGAUCCCUCAGGCCAAGCAGCCACAUUCCUUCGCUACCAGGACACCAACUAUCUGGACACCCUCAACCCAGCCCAUAUGCAGCCUGACCGUGUGCGCCUGGCAUUGCUUGGGGCCCUCAGGUUUGGAAAACCCCUCGUGUUUGAUAUGCGUGAGAUUGACAUGUUCGAGACGGUGAAAAGGCAGUUAGACUCCAUCCAGCCGGAACUGGCCCAGGAUCUUCUCUCCAAGAAUUUGCUAAACAAGGACAAAUUCCUGUCUCUCAUUCGCCCUGGGGAUGGUCCUGAGUAUAACCGCAACCAGUUCCAGAUCUCUCGGACCAUUCAUUUCAAGGUCUUCUUCGUGACAAAAACCAAAAGGCCACCAGACUCUCAGCUACAGACCCUACUCCCUAUCCAGGUGCUACUGCCCAAGGACCGAUACUAGGCAUCUUACAACAAGAAGGGGCAGGGUAAGGGGCAGGGUGGGACUGAACAAUAAACUGAAUGCACAGGUUUUGGGCACUGUCCAUGGCUAGGAUUGGGAAGAAGAGCUUCACAGGAGGAGGAGGAUGGAAGAUGCAUG